CUGCCCAUGGUGUCAUAUAUAACCCACUUUACAUUUUAAACAAAAAGAGAAUAAAAGUAACAGCGAAGCUUAUCAAUAAGCCAUGAGUCGUUUGCACGCCACAGGUGCACACAUACGCAUUCCUCGUCAAUUGGCCACCGAUUUGGUUUGCCUGAUUUAGUGCUCUAAGAACUUUUAGCAAAUUAGCCCACUCGCCCGGAGAAUCGUUCAAGAGUAUAUCACAAUGGGUUGUUGUUUUAGCACAAGCAAAUCGGUAGACCUUCCCGCGGUUCCUCCUGCUCCGGGAAAGCAGCGCUCCACCUUGCCGGAAUUUCCUGUCUCCGGAGCGGUGACCACCACGGCUCCGGGACCCGGAGGAGCUACCAAUGCGGCCCUUGAGGAUGACUAGAUCAGGUUUAGAUCAACAGAGAAAAGCGAUUACGUCGAGGUGAAAGGUGUAAAUUGCCAAAUGGCAGUAUGGAUCAUGAGUCACGAUCGUGUGGCUGGCGGAUUUUCCUUACGCAUGACCUUGUCAUUGUUAUUAUUUUUUGUAAAAAUACGUUCUUAAUGGUUUCACAGUUAAGCUAAUUGCUAAAUUAAAUAAAAACUUUAAUCAA